UAAUAUUUAUUACGAAUGAUAAAUUCAAAACAAACAUUUUUUAUUUAACGUAACGAUGUUUACUAUUCUCAAAAUUUAUAAAAAUGCCUCCCUAUAUCCCAAUACGUAUUUACAAAUAAGGCUUAAAUCAAAAACACAUUGGGCAAAGUUAAAAAAGAAAACUGGUCCCAAAUACAAAGCAUUGAAUCAUUUCGACGACUUUUACGCGUCUGUUUUUGGAAAUAAAUGGGAACCUAUGAGAGAGGCUCUCCUUCGCAAGUCCAAAUAUGUAGCUGUUGUUAAUAACUAUGGUGAUGCUGAGGAAACCAUGGAAUAUUUAUCAAAUACAGGUGCUCACUGUCUUAAAAAUCUUAUGUCAAUACAACAAGAGUUUCACAAAGAUUAUCCAACCAAAGAUGCUAAAGUAGAAAAGCAAGUACAAACCAAUAGUGCGAUAGAUAAUUUUGUAUCAAGACUUCAAAGUGACGAAAUAUCUCAGAUUUACCCGCAAGAUGGAAGUAUGCCUGAAAAAUUGGAUUUUCAAGAGGGCAAAUUGGAAAGUGUUGAAGAUGUUAAAAAAAUAAAAUCUGAGGAACCUGUUGAAAAUCUUGAUAAAGCAAUUGAAAAUGCAGAAAUUGAUUACUCUCGAUACAUAGAACCAAGUAUGGGAAUGACAUCAGAUGCCUUGUACCAGUACAUCCCGGCAACCAAACUGAAGGGAAUGGACGAUUAUGUGCCUGAAUCGUUGCAUUAUUCAUUUUAUUCUUCUCAGGGAGGAGAAUUUCCACUAGCCAUAGAGCCAGAAACAGAAUUCAAAUUUCCCGAACAUCUAAAAAUUAUGACUUACGAAAGGGACAGUGAAAUGCAUAGAUUCCCUGAACCAAAAAGAUCACAAACAGGUGUACUCAACUACUAUCCAAUGGACGGAGCGAGUGUGCUACCAACACUAGCGCUAUGCCUUAACCCCGGUGAUCGAGUAUUAGAUUUGUGCGCAGCGCCGGGGGGCAAGUCAUUACUUGCGCUACAAACACUACUACCUGAUGUGCUUGUGUGUAACGACGUGUCUAUAUCGAGAACGAAUAGAUUGCUGAACAUACUACGGAACUAUUUAAUUGAUUAUGAAACUGGUAACAAAUGGCAGGAACGAGUAAUGAUUACGCGAAAGGAUGGAAGGAAUUUCACAGAUGAUCAUGGUUUUGACAAAGUAUUAGUUGAUGUUCCAUGUACAACAGACAGACAUUCAGUCAUGGAAGAUGAAAAUAAUAUAUUCAGGGCCGACAGAGUUAAAGAAAGACUUAGAAUACCUGAACUUCAGUCACAGUUGCUUGCAAAUGCUCUUCGGCUAUGCAAAGUUGGUGGUGCGGUAGUAUACAGCACAUGUUCACUCAGUCCCAUACAAAACGAUGGUGUCGUACAUCUCGCGUUGAAGCAGGCCUUCCAGAUGGACGGUAUACUUGCUGUAGUGAGGGAUAUGUCAGUGCCGUUCAGUAGUCUAAGUAGCACCUUGCUACUUGGCACAGGAAAAGCGCUACCCAAGUACGGGCAAUUAGUAGUUCCUGAUGUAUCCGCCAAUUUCGGGCCUGCGUAUGUCGCUAGACUUGUUAGAGUUAAAUAGUUUGUUUAUAUAGUGUUUAAAAAUAUAUUAAUAUUUGAUUAAAUAAUAUAAGAUAAUACUGGAA